CUGUUCGGGGAGAUGUAGGUCUCCUACCUAGGUUUCCCUACCCCAUCCCAAGUACUUGAGGCCCAGAGAAAGGACACUUGCCCUGGACCCACCUCUAAGCAUUGGCUCUCAGGGCUGAAGCUGGGCCCAGGGUGGCUUCGGGAUGCAGCCUUGUCCUGUACGGGCUUAGUCAAAGCCUGUGUCGGCUGGCUUCCAGUGUGCAGCACACCGGGGAAGGUCUCUGGCUGGUAGAGAGCCACACCCCCUUAGCUGCGGAAGAGUGGCAGACCCCACCCUGGCCAUCCCCUGAGGCGGGCUUUUCUGGAUGGCGCGGGCUUUUCUGGAUGGCGCGGGCGGGCAGGCUCUGGGCUAGGAACACAGCGGCUGGGCCAGUGGGGAAGCCCCGGGCUGCGCGACCAGAGUAGCACUCAAAGGGCCCAGGUGGUGCAGACCGCCAUGGAGCCACUGCCGCUGGGACGCAUGACGGAGGUGAGUGGGGUCGAGGGAGGCCAGGAAAUAACCUGGAAUCUGACCUGCAGCCCGGGAGCUAAGCCUCUCCCGGAGGGUCACGGGGAGUGGCGUCUCAACUCCGACCUCCUUGAGGGCUGAGUUGCCUCCACCCGCGACCUAGUUAGAGGUUCGGGCGCGCCCUUCCGCUAAGAGGAAGCACACACUCCGGGGAAAGAGGGGUCUGGGGGCCUCCACCUCGCAGAAGGCCUGGUUGGGGGCAGGGUGGUCCGGUCUCGAUGGGUGUUGGGGAAAUGGGCAAAGGGCUGUCAAGGGGCCAUUCUCUGCUGUUCAUAAGCUGGGUCUGUGGAGAGAAAAGGAAACUGGUCCCCCUUCCAUGGCCCACCCCAUUCUGCCCAGGAGCCUGAGAAGUGAGCUACUCAGAAAGCAAUUAGGCUGGGCUCUGGAAUGGAGGAAGAGCCUGGGAGGGAGAGGUGGCCUCCUGGGGCAGCCACACAGGGGUCAGCAGCACGUGUUCCCCAGGCUCUCUUGCUGCUGCUGCUGCUGCUGUUGCUGCCGCCGCUGCCCGGUGGCCAGGGCCAGGGCAGCGCUCCUGGCAGGUGUGACUGUGCCAGUGACUCACAGAAGAGGUUUUGUUGCAGGGGAUGCCCAAAAGGACACUACAUGAAGGCCUCCUGCACAGAGCCCUGUGGCGACUCCACCUGCCUUCCCUGCCCUCAGGGCACUUUCUUAACCAGGGGAAACCACUUUAAGACUGACUGUACCCGCUGCCAAGCCUGUGAUGAAGGGGCUUUUCAGGUGACCCUGAAGAACUGUUCAGCAGUGUCGGACACCCAAUGUGGCUGCCAGUCAGGCCGGCUUCUUGUCUGCUCCACCGAGCCAUGUAGGGAAAGUUCACCUUUUUCUUGCCACCCAUGCUCAGAUUGUACGGCUCCACCAACCCCUGUAUUUUGGGUCCAGGUGCUUCUGGGGGCCUCAUUCCUGCUCGGGGCCACCCUGAUCUGUGCGUAUUGCCGAUGCCAGCCUUGCAGGCCUGUGGUUCCUGCAGACACAGCUGGGAUGGAGACCCUGACCUCACCACAGACUACCCAUCUUUCAGCCUCAGACAGCGCCCACAGCCUCCUGGCACCCCAAGGCAGUACUGGGAAAGUCUGCACCACUGUCCAGUUGGUAGGCAACAGCUGGAUCCCUGGUUUAUCCCAGACUCAGGAGAUGGCCUACAGCCAGGCUCCCCAGCCCUGGAAUCAGCUGCCAAACAGGACUCUUGGCCUUCCUCUGGCACCUCCGCUCUCGCCAGCGCCCCCUGCAGGGUCGCCGGCUGCCAUGCUCCAGCCUGGGCCGCAGCUCUAUGAUGUGAUGGAUGCGGUCCCAGCAAGACGGUGGAAGGAGUUCGUGCGCACGCUGGGGCUACGGGAGGCGGAAAUUGAGGCCGUGGAGGUGGAGAUCUGCCGCUUCCGAGACCAGCAGUACGAGAUGCUCAAGCGCUGGCGCCAGCAGCAGCCUGCAGGCCUGGGUGCCAUUUAUGCGGCCCUGGAGCGCAUGGGGUUGGAAGGCUGUGCUGAGGAUCUGCGCAGCCGCCUGCAGCAGAGCGGCCCGUGACGUGAGGCCCACCAGCCACUUUGUCAUUCUAGUGACCCUUGCAGGAGCCUUAAGUAUCGUUACUUAUGCGUGUAGACAUUUUAUGUCACUUACUAACCCCCUAUCACGGUCCUGGUCCUGCGUAGCAGCGCCGGGUGGCUUCGCCCCUGCUUACCUGCCCCACGGAGCUCCAGCUAAGGGAAGCGUCAUGGAGAAAUACCAGAAGGGGCCAACUGACUGGUUGCACAGCUGUUUAUCAGCCUGAGUUUGGACUUGGUAUUAAAUAUUUUAAGUAGCUUCUUGGUGUUUCAGUGGGGGCUAGGGGUGUCAAGUGGCGCUCUGGUUCCCUUUGUUUCCCCGGGAGUUGAGUGGGCUAGGGGUCCUGAGGCCUUGGGAACUGCGGCGCACAGUGGAAACCAGUGGCCUUAGCUCCCACACCAACCCCUCACGCAUCCGCUAUGACCCAGUGGCCCCAGAAGGAGAAAGUCAGUAAGACGGUGGC